GCCCUCAAUAAAAUCCUCCGUCGAAUUCCACACAGUGACCAUUUUUUUGAAAUUCCGAAAUUGUUAUUUUGCGACAGUAGAAAAAGUCCAUUCGUUCCCUCAGAGAAAGGAAUUGGCUUCUCCACUCUUCAGCUCGGGAGUAGAUGGAGCUAGACCCCGAUGAUGUGUUUCGAGACGACGAAGACGACCUCGACAGUGAAUUCUAUCAGGCACAGGAGAGAGAAGCUACGAAAGAACUGUUAGUAUAUAUUGUGGAUGCUUCCCCCAGAAUGUUUUCAACUACUUCUCAGGCGGAACAUGAAAAAGAAAUAUCUCAUUUUGAAGUUGCUAUUAAUUGUAUUGCACAAAGCCUCAGAACUCAAAUAGUCAAUAGAUCGUAUGAUGAAGUUGCAAUAUGCUUCUACAACACUAGGGAAAAGAAGAAUUUGCAGGACUUGAAUUGUGUCUACGUAUACAAUGUCCAGGAUCAAGAUGAUUUAGACAGACCAACAGCAAAACUUAUAAAAGAAUUUGAUCGCAUCAAAGAAAUAUUUAAUAAUCAAAUUGGUAGCAAAUAUGGCAUUGAACCCGGAUCUCGCGAUAAUUCACUGUACAAUGCUAUUUGGGCUGCUCAGGCUCUUCUCCGCAAAGGAUCUGCAAAAAAUGCUGAUAAAAGGAUUCUCUUAUUUACAAAUGAAGACGACCCAUUUGGUUGUAUCAAGGGAGCAGUAAAAAUUGAUAUGAUGAGAACAACCAUUCAGCGAGCCAAGGAUGCUCAAGAUCUUGGCAUAUCAAUUGAACUGCUUCCCUUAACUAGACCAGAGGAGGAGUUUAAUGUUUCCAUUUUCUAUGCUGAGUUGCUUGGUUUGGAGGAUGAUGAAAUUGCUCGGUUUAAGGCAUUAAUAGGGGAAAGAUUUGAGGAUCUUAAGGAUCAAUUGAGAAAGCGUAUAUUCAAGAAGCGUAAAGUUCGAAGAAUUAACUUUACAAUUGCAAAUGGCUUAUCUAUACAAGUGAAUACAUAUGCUUUAAUUCGUCCUACUAAUACAGGGACUAUAGCUUGGCUUGAUUCUGUCACUAAUCUUCCUUUGAAGACGGAGAAAUUCUUGAUCUGUGGGGAUACUGGUACUAUGAUACAAGAGCCACCGAAGCGGUUUCAAUUGUACAAAAAUGAGACUAUCAUGUUCUCAGUCGAUGAACUUUCAGAAGUAAAGAAAAUUUCUACUGGAGACCUUCAUCUCCUAGGGUUCAAACCAUUGAGCUGCCUUAAGGACUAUCAUAAUUUGAGGCCAUCAACAUUUGUCUUCCCUAGUGAUGAGGAAGCAAUGGGAAGUACAUGUGUUUUCAUUGCUUUGCAUAGAUCAAUGAUACGGCUCAAGCGUUUUGCAGUUGCUUUUUACGGGAGUUCAUCUCAGUCUCGAUUGGUUGCUCUGAUUGCUCAGGAGGAGAUAACAACUACUCGUGGUCAGGUUGAGCCACCAGGGAUGCAUAUGAUAUUUCUUCCUUACUCUGAUGAUAUUAGACAUGUUGAAGAGCUUCAUGCAGAUUCAGAGUCCUUACCUCAUGCAACUGAUGACCAAACCAAAGCUGCCUCUACUGUAGUGAGGCGUAUUGACUUAAAAGACUUUUCUGUUUGCCAAUUUUCAAAUCCUGCAUUGCAGAGACAUUACGCAAUAUUGCAGGCUCUUGCUCUGGAUGAAGACGAGAUGCCUGAAAUGAAAGAUGAAACUCUUCCCGAUGAAGAGGGCAUGUCUAGGCCUGGUAUCGUUAAAACGCUCGAGGACUUCAAGCUUUCUGUAUAUGGAGAGAACUAUGAUGAGGAGAGUGAGCUAAAUUCCAAAGGAAAGACUACUACUAUUAGCGAGGCUGCCAAAAAACGUAAAGCAAUUGCUGAAAAUGCCGUUAAGGAGUACACGAAGUAUGACUGGUCUGACCUUGCAGACAACGGACAGUUAAAAGAUUUGUCUGUUCAAGAGUUGAAGUACUACCUGGUGGCCCACAGCCUCCCUGUGGGUGGGAAGAAGGAUGGAUUGAUCAGUAGGAUACUGAGUCAUAUGGGCAAAUGAAUUGGUGAUACUCAUCCCUGUAUUGUCAUUGCCAGUUCAUCACCACCUUUAUUUGAGUACAUAGUAGAAUAUCAUUAUUUUUUAUGCCAUUUUGGAUGACUAGUUACUAUCCUACUUACCGUAUAAUUGCCUACGUAUACAAUGUUGGCAAUGUGUAUAGUUGAAGCAAGUGAGGUUUUUGUAUUAGCUUUCAUCUGUCGGGGUAGGGGGUCACAAUGUGAAUGGGCUUAGAUUUGCUAUUAUUUUUUUGUAAUAUUGAAAGGGUAAUUCUAAAUGUAGCCAUAAUUUUACUACAGUCCCUAAUUAUAAUUAAUUAAAUAUUAAUAAAAUGCCUAUUAUAUCCCUG